AUGUUAGAAAUAAAACCUGAAUUAAAAAAUCGUAUUAUGACUCAUGAUCGAGCAAUUGUUGCAGCACGAUAUCUCCUUAAACAAAAACAAGUCAUGGUCGUUUGUCAAGGUGGUGAUGUUAGUUUUUGGUCAUUGGAAGGACAAAAAACGAAACGAUUUAGUGAACAAAAUGCAACAGACAUUUUCGAUACAACUUGUUUAGGUUUUGAUGAAUUCGGUGAAAAAUUCUAUACAGGUGGAAGUGAUGGAAAAAUUCGAAUUUGGAAUUAUAACGGACGAAUUUUACAAAUGUUAGACGCAGGUAGAGGUACGGCAGUAGAAAUAACACAAAUUGAUGCAUUGAAACGACGUAUCGUUGCUGUUGGAUGGAGCAAAUAUUUGACUGUUUUUCGUGAUUUACAACAAGUUGAAGGACGUCCCAAUCUUCCAACAGAAUGGAAUGGAGAAAAAGAAAAAACAGAAGGACAUGAUGAUGACAUAGUAUGCAUGGCGGUAACAGCAUAUUUUCCUCAGUUACUUGCAUCGGGUAGUACCGAUGGUGAAAUCUGUAUAUGGAAUACAUCGUCGGAAUUGUUUGUUCGUCGUCUUGAUCAACGAAAACGUAAUCCGAAUUUUUCCCAAUCAAAAUUACAAGACAAUGCUGCUGAUUUUGCUAUUUCAAUGUUAAAAUUCUUUGAUAAACGUAUGGCAUCGAGCGUAAAUACUCAUGCAACAGGCGCUAAUUUAGUGUCAUGUGGUGGGAUAGGCUUUGUUCGCUUUUGGAAUGUGCAUACAGGAAAACUUAUAGCUGAAUGUCAAGCACAUACCGAUGUUUCAAGUAUUAUUAUGGAAAUUGAUGUUCAUAAUAAAUAUUUAGCAACUGGUGAUGUUAAUGGUGUUGUUAAAUUAUGGGAUAUAGAACAAUAUUGUCUUCAAUCUGAAUCGGGAACUAUUGAAAAACGUUUACCACCUUUACUUACGGAAUUCGCUUCACAUUCCGAUUCGAUAACAUGCAUUGAUUUCUUAGAAAAAGAUGAACGAAUGUUCAUAUUAACAUCAUCAUCUGAUUGUAGUGUUGUAUUAUCGGAUAUACAUGGAAAUGCGUAUGGUACAUUUGGACAACCCAAUCAAUGGCAUUUAGAUAUGGAUUUAUCAAAACUAAGUGAUAGCAAUUCACAAGCACAUCUUAGUAAAAGUGAUGAUUAUUCUCAACAAAAUGAUGAAGAUUCUCACACAAUAAUAAGUCAAGAUCUUGAUACUAUGUCAUCGAUAACAGACGAAGAAAUGUUAACAAGACGAUCGAAUGUUUGGGAAUCAACUUCGAUUGGUGUUACAUUUCAAGAAAAACGAACCAAUCGAAGACAACGAAAUCAACCAAGUUUAAUUACUAAAAAAGAUUUUCUAUUAUGGGAAAAAACAGGUUUAGCACCUGGUGGAGCAUAUGGCGCUCUUGACACAUAUGAACCACCACCAAUACCUGAUCAGAAAAAAAGUAAUUAUCAUGAUACAACUUAUAUAUGGCAAGCAAAUAAUGCAGGCGAAGGAAAUCGACGACGUCCAUUACCAACCAUGAUUGGUGAAAAUUUAAAAUCUGCAUUUGAUGAACGUUCAAUAUUUCCAAAGUAUAUUUUGGACUAUGAAGCAAAACAAAAGCAAUUAUUUGAAUCAGGUGUUCAACAACCAACAAUAAAUAUGGUACCAACAGGUGGAAAUAAUGCAAAUUCUCAACAACUUGCACGAUCAACAGGUGAUGCUGUCGUGAAAUUCAAACGGCAAAGUUCAUCAUCAACUCUUCUCAGUGAUACAAAAGCCCAGUGA